CUAAUUGUCACCAAAAUGGCCAGUCAAGCUGCGGAAAAAGUACAGAGUCCCUCGAGACUACCAGAUAAUACUCACCAUGUUAUUGUCAAGCUGGAAACCAUCCAUGUCCCCGCACCUGCAAUUGACCUUUCACCGCUCACGCAUGAGCUCAUCACAUACGAGUACACUCCGCCGGCUGCCAAAGCUCUCAUCGCUGCGAGGAUUCACGACGCAAGUAUUGUGACGCUCACAACGGUUCCUAUCAACGCAGAGACGUUGGGCGAGGCGCCGUACCUGAAAUGCGUGAUAUCCGAGACGACUGGAACCAAUCAUAUUGAUCUGGAAGAGUGCAAGAAACGAAAUAUCACCGUCAUGUUCUCACCACACGCGGCGACUGAAGCCGUGUCCGAGCAUGCUCUCGGGCUUUACUUUUCAGUCAGACGAUCUUUCGUUCGUCUCCACAACACGUUGUUCGCCGAUUCUCCUAAUGCCUGGGCAAAUUCUGGCAGCAUGUCCAACAUAUUGAAAGACACUCAAGGCCAGCCACCCCACACUUGUGGCAAUGAGACUGUCGGUAUUCUUGGUUUCGGCGCGUUAGGACAGCGUAUAGCCCGUCUUUGUGAAGCCUUGGGAAUGAAGGUUCUCGUCGCCGCAAGGAAAGAAGCUGGAAUUGGUCCUGGCUCCAACUCGGGUGACAGUCAACGAAUUGCCUUUGAUGAAGUCUUGCGCCGAGCUACUGUCCUGUUCAUCACACUCCCCCUCACGCCGCAAACCCGAAACACGAUUGGAUCAGAGGAACUUCAGAGUAUGAGACACGAUGCAGUGCUGAUUAAUGUUGGCCGUGGAGGCUUGGUGGACGAGAAAGCACUGGUACAAGCUCUCCGACAGAGACUCAUCCAUGGAGCGGCGACUGAUGUGUUUGAGCAUGAGCCUGCUGGUAGCGAUCAUGACAGUGUUUUGCUCAGCGAGGAGGCAAAGGAUCUCAACUUAACCCUCACUCCUCAUCUGGCUUGGUGCGCGGAUCAAACGACUGUUAAUAUGCAGGAAAUCAUUGUCCAGAACUUGAAAGAGUAUCUUCGUGGAGGAAGCAGGAAUGUCGUCUCAUAAGA